AUGUGCAAGUUGCAAAUGAAGAGGAGGUAUGGAGGCAGACAGAUGCCCAAACUCUCUGACAAGAAGCUGUGUGCAGAUUCAGAAUGCAGCCAUCCAAUACUCAUUGCUCGUGCCCUAGAGGAUUUCUACCCCCAAGACUGUCGCUUCAUCCCCAUGCGCAAGGGUCAGGUCAUCUAUGUGUAUGCCAUGCUCAAGGACCGUGGUAAUCUCUUCUGGGCAGGCAGUGUUCAAGGUUCCUAUUAUGGCGAGCAGGAGGCGCGUCUUGGGCAUUUCCCGAGCAGCGUAGUAGAGGAAACCCAUGCGCUUAUGCCAGCCACAGAGGAGGUCAAAACUGAUAAAUGGGACUUUUACUGCAACUGAAUGCGAUUUUGGAAUCACCACAAGCUUCGAAGUUCACAGAUCUACGACUGAAUUCCUACGCAUUUAAAUGGACCAGUGAAGCCUAUGCAGUAGUGCAAGCGGUUUCUGACUAGCCAAGCUUGCGCUUUUACCGUGCCAACAUGUAAACGGAACGUAGACUGGGUAGUGACUGGGUGUGCAGUGUGUAUUUUGUAAAAAAUAAAAUAUCCAGUGUGAACACAUCAGACAAAACAACUUUAACCUUGGAUAUGAAAAUACCGUACCCUACGCACGGCUAGUAGGAAAUAUCUUUCCUCUGUAGCUAAUAGCAAGCGGACCACUUUAGCAACAUCAAUAUUAUUGCAUUUUGAAUGGAAUAAACGUAAACAAAGCUGCUCUGAAA